UUCGUAGCCCGCCUCGACGUGUAGGGGAUUUUGGGUUUAGGGCUACCGGGCGGGCGAAGCUUAGCAGCAGCGGUAGCAGCAGCCGUCGAAGAAGAUGCUGUUUUGGCACACGCAGCCGGAGCAUUACAACCAGCACUCGACAGGCAGCUACCUGCGGUGAGUGAGCCCGGGAGCGAGCGGCCGUAAGGCGGGAAAAGGGCGCAAGGUUCUCAAGCGGGGCGGCGGGGAGACGUCGACCGACUGACUUACCGACGGACUGUCUUGCGGCUAAAAUGCGGGCAGACAGGAGCAGGGCAAUGGCUUUGCGGUUGGGGCUAUUGGUUAAGCUGCAGAGCAGAAGGAAGGUCUCUGGAGCGAGGGGUCUCCUUGCUGGGCUCCACAUUAGGGACGUACAACGCAAGCUGCCGCUCUUAUUUUUGCGUGUUUGCUCAGAAGCAGGACCCUCUGCGCUCAGCGGCGCUUGCUGCUAGGAAAAGCGUGCAUAUGGUUGCAGCCUUUGAGGGUCCAUGUCUGCCCUGUCAGGGAUGCGGGAAGGACGGGGAGCGGGACCCAGGCGGCGUGGUGCUGUAGAGAGAGAGAGAGAGAGCUAGAAGCAUACUGAGCAGGAAUGAGUGGAGCCAAUUUGGGUUUGUUUGUUUAAUUUCGGGGGCGAACGAUUUUAAGAGGUUGUGGUUGACUGGGCUCAGUUACACAACACCAUCAGUUGACAACGCGUUGCGGAAUAUUAUAGGCAAUCUAAAUUAUUGUUACCAGAUUUUUUUUCAAUGAAUCGGGUAGCAACAGGAAGUCAGUACAGUUGGUACCUCGGGUUAAGUACUUAAUUCGUUCCAGAGGUCCGUUCUUAACCUGAAACUGUUCUUAACCUGAAGCACCACUUUAGCUAAUGGGGCCUCCUGCUGCUGCUGCACCGCUGGAACAUGAUUUCUCUUAUCAUCCUGAAGCAAAGUUCUUAACCUGAAGCACUAUUACUGGGUUAGCGGAGUCUGUAACCUGAAGCGUAUGUAACCCGAGGUACCACUGUAGUGGGGAUAGUGUGGCAAAAGACCCUGGGCCGAAGCACACAUGCAAAGCCCUUCUUUCACACCCUGUGAAACAUAAAUGUGCAUUUUUUUAAAAAACUGGGCAACGGCGCGCUGCCUGCCCGUGACUCCUGAACCUUCCCUGAUCUCCUUCCCCCUUUGUUUUGACAGAUCACGGGAGGCCUGGGAAUCACGGGCAGCCGGCUGUUGCCCAGGAGGGGCCAGCCUGGUAGUGCAGUUGGCUCUGGCUGGCUUCAGGAGCUGCUCGCUGCCAUGGCACAGGAAAAAUGGCAGGCGCCAUGGCAGCGGGCAGAUCCUGAAGCCAGCCAGAGCCAACUGCACUACCAGGCUGGCUCUGGGCUGCUGAGGCUGCUGCUGCCACAUUUCCCGGGGACAGAUUUGCAAAUCCGGGGACUGUCUCCGGGAAACGGGGACGUCUGGUAACCCUAAUCUAAAUAGGUGUUUGGUUCUGAGGAGAGGGAGAGAGAGGAAAAGACACGUGUGUGGUGUGCGUGUGUGGUGUGCGUGUGCAGUUUCUGAAGUUAUGAGGAUUCUGGUAAAAAUAAUGGAUCUUUAUGUAGCUGUGCCACCGGCAAGGAUAGGCACCAUCUCGGAAAGAUGUGGAUUUGUGAAAGUGGACUCCAUUUAGACCUCAUCUGUGUGUGUGAAUCUUGUGGUCAGGGAUGGGUUGCUGAGCAGUGGCAGCUGAGAUGGACUAGUCUGUUUCAGGGAGCUGGAUGGGCGCCAUUCUCUGGAGCAGGAGGAGAGAGUGAGGCAGCUGUGGGUUAUCAUGCUCGCCUGUGAUAGCUAGGGAGAGCUGCCCUCUCUGUGGGUUCUCUUAAUGGUUUGAACUUGUUUGUACAUUUCCCACUUUUUUGGGGAGUGGGGGGAAGUAUGAUGUGGGUUUGAACAAGUGGAAAUUCCAGAAAACUUAAAGGAGCCUGGUGACUGCAGCUUCUAGCCCAGGUUAGUUAAUGCCGAUUACCUCUUAAUGCCUUUCCAGUAAUUUGUCACUGAAAAGCUGCACAGCUGUGAGUGAGGUGGAAGCUCUGGUGCCCAAGUACCGGUAGUUAUUUAGUUUGGGUUAGUUAACACAGAGUCCUGCGUUGUGUUUGUGCACUUAUAGAUUGCUCAGACUUUUUUCUCCCAGUGCAUUUUAUGAGAGAGUAAGGAUCACACUUGGUGUUCAUGACUGUGAAUCCGUUAACUGUGGUAUAACAAAAAGCUUUGUAACUAUUUCUAGAAGAGUAGCCACUGCAACAUCGUUUGCCACAAAAGCAACAAAUAUUCUUAUGGUAUCUUAAAGACUAACAAUUUUAUUGUGCCAUAAGCUUUCCUGGACUGCUGUCCAUUUCAUCAGAUGCAUGAAGUGUAAUCCUGGAGUGGCAAGUAUAUACAUAUGCACCUCUUCAACUCUAUAUAUGUGCAUACAGUACUCUACAGUCAUAUAAUUGUACUGAAUUUGCCAGUUAAGAACUAUCUAACACUUCAUGUGUUUUGAUGAAGUGGACUCUAGUCCAUGACAAUGUAUGGCAUAAUAAAAUGGUUCAUCUUUAAGGUAUCACAAGAGAUUGAUUGCUGGAACAGACUAGCACUUCCAGCCAUCCUUAAACGAUGGGGUAACCAAGCCUUACAGCACCUUAAACAGUAGCAAAUUUAGUACGGCAUGGGGUUUUUUUGAGUAGAGCCCAUAGAUCUAUCCCUUAAAUUAAUCCCUCUAUGAACAGGUCUGGGAAGAUUUAGCAAAGUGGUAUUUGAGAACUGAGCAAGUGUCUUGCAAGCACUGGCAAAUGUCUUGCAGAUAGAGGCACUAGCUUUCCAAACCAGCUUUCUCUCAUUCUUAUCUCCUCCCCUCGUUUGAAUGAUGACGACUAGAUCCUUUUCAUUCACUUUACUGGGCUUGUUUAAUCCAGUUUUUUCCUGCCUUAUUUCCACAUCAGUCACAUUUUAUUUAUUUAGCAAAAGGGGCAGUGGGUAAUGUAAAAGAUACCCCUGACAGAUAGCAAAUGGAAAACCUACAUUCCAGCCCUUCCCAACAGAAAGCUAUACUUGUACAGUUGUGUUUUUAUUUUAAUAGUGUGAUUUUUAUCUGUGCUUUUGAACUGUGUCUAGAAUGCUAUUUCAAAAUCCAUAGUCAAGCAAUGCCUUUGGUAGGACCAACAAAAAUGUCAGAAAACUGUGAAGAAGCUUUUAAGAUGACAAAUGCAUCAGACUGGAUGGUGAACACAAAUUGGGGUGUGAGGGGGAGAGAAAGCUGGUUUGAUACUGAAGCCAUAAAGUUUGCAUUUAGCUGGUUUUAAAAAUGGAGUGUAGGAGCAAAUGGCAAACUUAAAUUGCAAUCGCUUAGGUUUCGUGCCUAACGGUUUUCCAUGUUAUAACUUGUUUGGCAGUCUAGACACCAAUAAGCAGGCAAAAGCCAAGCCAUAUAGAGCAACACAUGAUGCACUAAUGGUUUGAAUGUGCUGUUGGUACAGGCUCUUGUGUUCUUCCUACACCCUUCGCUGGCACAGUGUGGUGCUGGUUCCAUGGUAUGAACAUGUGUGUAUGUGUUGACUUGAGUCUUGUCCUGGUCUCAGUACUGUUCAAGGGUAAUGUUGCUGUUGCUGUUUUGUGGGAUCUCUCACCCAGGACCAUUCUUGUACCCAAACCCUGAAGAAGACACCUGUCUGCUGCUAGCUGCACCUUCCCCCAUCCUUUUGCCCUUUGAUAGCAAAUUCUACCCUUGGUAAAACAGUUCUGUUUCAACUUUUUAAAAGGCACAAAAGUGUCUCGGGGCAACUCUUACCUAUUUCAGAUUUGUGACAGAACAUUAACCUUGCUUUAUGCUCUGUUUUUUGAGGAUAUUUUUACUUCAUCUCUCUCACCACCUCCACCACCCCUCCUACUGAAAUUCAAGCAGGUUCAGUGGCAGUUAAUGCAAGGUAAACUCUGCAAUCAAUUUCUACAUGUGGUUGAACUGAAACUGUUAAUGUUGGCUUGAUUUAUAUUCAUGUACCAUAACAACAAUAUCGACAGCUGUUACCAACUUUUCUUUUUGCAACUUUUUGCCAUUUUCUUUUUGUGCAUCAGAAGCUACUAUUGAUAAUAACUUUUCUGUAAGGUGUAUAUAGGUGCACAGAGGACUACGCUUGUGUUCUUUACAACCAAGAGGGUGUUUCUUUGUACAGUCAUACCUCGGGUUACAGACGCUUCAGGUUGCGUAUUUUCGGGUUGCGCACCAUGCCGAACCCGGAAGUACCGGAACAGGUUACUUCCGGGUUUUGGCGCAUGCGCAGAAGUGCUAAAUUGCUCUUUGCGCAUUCGCAGAAGCGCCGAAUCACAGCGUGCGCAUGCGCAGACACGGCACUGCAGGUUGGGAAUGAUGCGGGUUGCAAACGUGCCUCCCGCACGGAUCACAUUCGCAACCCGAGCAUCCACUGUAUUGGACGAAAAAAAGCAACUUUUAUUUUACUAUCUCCUUAGUUAAAAAAAAUGUGGGAAAGGGGGGAAAGUGUGGAAGAUUAUUUAUUAGGGAAAGUGUAGAAACAAUAAGUUAGCUUCUCAUACAAUCUGCAGUAAAAUUUCAUUAUACACAAAUUGUACAUUGACAAUAAAGGUAUUAUUAUUAUUAUUAUUAUUAUUAUUAUUAAAAGUAACAAAUCUUGAUUAUGUAAGAGUUUGCUUGAAUACAUUGUGUAUCAUUUUACCAGUGGUAUGGAGCAGAGAUUAUUAUUGGUGUGAAUGAAAGUACUUUGUCUCUUCAAUCCUUAUUCUGGACCCAGCACCUGUAUAUUAAGCCAGUGUUUCUCAAAUUAUUUGAUGUGGUGGACUGGCAUUGCCCACCUCCAGGUGCCAGGGACCAGUACCAUAUUUGGUCCCUGAAGCUGUGGUGGAGUCACUGUGGACUGGCAGCUCAUCGCCCGCGGAACAGGACCAAUUUGUGGAUCAACACUUUGAGUAGCACUGUACUAAAUAUCUGCCCAUGUAGUCAGCUACAGAAGCAGUUUAUCUAUUUUUCUCACUCAGAGUAGUGAGCAACAUAUCCAGUGCAUCCUGUAACAGACAAAAUAUUUGAGGUUUUUUGCUCCUGUUUUGAAUUUGUAAAAUGGAAGGUUAGGUUGCUUUUUCUAUUGGAUCGGUUCUAUUUGUCUAUUUCCCCCCCUCUUACCUAAGUGUUUUACAAUUUCAAUAUACUAAAACAAACAAAUAGUGCAAAAUAUAAAACAAGGGAGAUUCUCCUAGGUCAGGCUGAUGAGAGAGUGAACCACUGCAUGAGUACUUUAUAGAGUUUCACAACUAGGUGUGGACGUGCCUAAAUUUAGGCAGCUGGUAGAACUGAACUGCAAAGAUUUUGGUGGAGUAAUUCUGGAAGGGGUAGGUCAGUAUUCUUUAAGGAUUUCUUUUCCUCCUUUUGUUAACCUUGCUUUGUCCUUCUUGCAAUGUUAAGAUGGCGAGCCUUUUGAAUUGCAUAACUAUGACAAGCCUAUUCUGUGGCAUUGGGUGAGGCAAUAAAUGUAAGUGGCUCUAAAACAAAUAAAUUGGCAUGCUGUAAAUAGUCCUUGCUAUAAGAGAUGCAAAACCAUUGUUGUGGACCAACCUUCUCUGCUUAACCCUGAGCUGUGUGGUAAGGUAGGUAUACCUCUGGGGUGCAUCUUUAAAGCAUUCUAAUUAUUUUUCAAUGUCCCUACCCAGGAGAUAUUAGUUAUAUAAUACCUGUGCUCCAUCUCCAUUAGCUUCCCUAAUAGGGAAAGUGCUCAUGACUUCCCAGAGUUAAUGAAGAUGGCUCUUGUAUUUUCAAUGAGAGCUCUGUUGCUGCUCUGUCCCACUACGCUGCUGUUAAGCCAGAGCCCCUAACAUAAGGGCAACCAAUCUGGUGCCAGAUGUUGGACUCUGAGCAGCAUGGCCAGACAGGGUUGAAGGGAGUUGGAGUCCAGAAACAUCUGAAGGACAGCAGGUUAGGGCUAUCCUAGCACAUGACACUUCCCUAACUGAAGCAAAGGUCUUAUUCACCCUCAGCAUUAGAAACUGAGAUCUGAAAGCUCAGAGCUAAACGGCACCUUAAACUCAGCUUAUGGGCGCAACAGCAGAAUGUCUAGGCACGCUUUUUUAAUAACAAGAGUACAAAGCUGAAAAUGAAUGAACUACAGCUAAAAUAAGUUCAUUUUUCACGUGAUCUAGUCCUUUCCCUGCCCACCCCUUAAUAUUCUUAAGAGGGUCUCUUCUCCAGUCUUUAGAGGGUAGCUGGAAUUGGGGAGGCAGAAAAAGGACCUCCUUUCCUUUCACUCUGCAGUUUUAAUCUGAAAUCUUAGGCACAGUACUGUGCCCAGAGCUUAGAAACUGCUCGUGCUAAUGAAAUUCCCUGUCGGAAAAUGCUCCUAGAACAGUGGGAGUUCUGUUGAACUUAGAAGGUUCUGAGUAAGUAUGCACUGGCUCACUACCUUGCUUAAUAAAGGAGGGGUUGGUUAACACUAAUGUAUUCAUAACACUCACUACUGCUCAGGUUUUGAUAAUAAUAAUAUCUGUCAUUAAAUGCUUAGCGCUUCCCCUGAUGUUCUAAGCAUUUCCCACACCCUCUCAGUACCUUAUUUGUAGUAAACCUGUGAGUCGAAGCAAUAUUGCCUGCAUACAGCAGAUCCGAUUCUGAGAGAUAGUAGUUUACCUAAGGCCAUUCACUGAGUUAAUGAUUAAAGUGAGGUUCGAACUGAGGUUGCCACUAUGCUGGACCAACUUUUUACAACUAGAUGUGUAAAGUACCUAUAACUUUUCCCCUCCUGCCAAAAAUCACAUUCUCUAAACUGGCAGGGAAGGGCAUUAGUGUGAAGACCACAGUAGAGGUGAGGAAGUAAGAAGUGCCACUGCCUUGGCCUGCUCCACAAACAACAUUUUUCAUGCAGAUUACAGCUUCCACGCAUGCCUACGUUUUUUGCAAAAUGAAAGAAACUACAUGUGACUGAGCAUCACAUGUUGUUUGGGUGCAAGGUUACGAAAAGCAUCUUAAAUGCAGUGAAUAAGUAAUUUAGUCACAUGCUUAACACUAUGGUUGAUGUGUCCUUUUUUCUCCAUCAGAUAAAAUGUCAACUUCUCUCAGUUAAGGACUUUUUGUCACAAAAUAUUGCCAAAUUAGUAUGUUUUGUUCAAUGGGCUCAGAAGCCAGAUUCCCCAUCCUUGCCUUGAUGCAUAUAGGUAUACCUGGCAUUAAAUUUCAUGAAAAUUGGUCCCCUAACUGAAAUGCCAAGAGGUUUAAUGAUGACCAUUGGACCAAAAUGAUGGGCAUCUGUGCUGCGCAUAUAUAUACAGUGGACGCUCGGCUUGUGAACGUGAUCCGUGCAGGAGGCACGUUCGCAACCUGCAGCUUUCGCAACCCACAGCGCCAUGUCUGUGCACACGUGGAUUGCAAUUCGGCACUUCUGUGCAUGCGCAAAGUGCAAUUUAGCACUCUGCGCAUGCGUGGCUGCCAAAACCUGGAAUAUAAUUAGAUUUUCUGUUUUACAAUUUUAAAUACUCAUUUAAACAUCCUUACAGUAUCGGUGACUUCCCUUCUUCUCCUUACAUGGUUCAUUUUGCAAACCAUAAAUCCAUGCAUAUUUUACAUAAACUAAACCAUUCAGUAUUCCAUUAUUACAACCAUCAAAACUUAUUUAUACUGUUGAAUUUAUCUUAAUGCUGCCAGCAUUUUCAAGUGUACACAUCCCCCCCGUACAUUCAGUAAACAUUUUCCAAUUUCCUUUUAACUUAUAAAGAAGAUUGUGCUGCAUAUUUUGGAUAACCAAAACAUAAUGAUCAGACCAAGGGAACAAAACUAAUUUGAUUUGAUUAGAGAAGCUGGGAAGUAUGUUACUACUCUUUCAGCUCAGAUAUUGGUAUUGUAAUAUAAUCAGUUACAAAAUGGCAUUGGUUUUGACUUGAACCAAGUACUGAUGCAAAAUGAUUGGAAGUAGAUUUUUUCUAUCUCGUUAAAACUAGGCACCUUAUGCUGUAUGUACAGUGCACUAAUGUACUACUUGAUGAUACACUUUUAAAAGAGGCGAACUCAUGACACUUUUGCAUAGGUUUUCAGUCUUGUGACUAGUUCAGCAGCCUUAGAAUGUGGCCUAACAUGUUCAGAAACUUAUAGACGCAAGUCAGCAGUCUAAACAUAGCAUAAAUGUGAAUAUCUACCACAAGAGGAAAUGUCACCCAGGGAAGUGUUGUGCACCCAUCUCCAUUUAUCUAAUGCAUAGGGUAUGGAAUUCGUAUGUGCUUUGUAUAAGUUUUUGCACAUUGUUCUCUGAGUGGGAAUAGCCUUAAGGUAACUACCUUGGCUAGCAUUUUUUGUUGGAGUAGUAUAUGGAAAGGGUUUCUGUUUCUACCUUGAUACUUUUGCCGCUUAGGAUGGGGCUCCAAUUGUCUGUAUAGCUCUUUGCCUAUUGUACUAACCCUUCUAGGUUGGCAGAAGCUGGGACAGAGCAACAGGAGCUCAUGCCAUUGGCAGAUUCGAACUGCCAACCUUCCGAUCAGCAAUCCCAAGAAGCUCAGUGGUGGCGCUGAAUCCAUGCAAUGGGGUGUGCUCCCUCUGCUCUGCCCCAGCUUCUGCCAACCUAGCAGUUCAAAAGCAUACCAGUGCAAGUAGAUAAAUAGUUACCGCUGUGGUGGGAAGAUAAACAGCAUUUCCAUGUGCUCUGGCACUCGUCACAGUCCUCCAUGUGCCAGUAGCAGUUUAGUCAUGCUGGCCACGUGACUCAGAAAGCUGUCUGUGGACAAAUGCCGGCUCCCUCGGCCUGAAAAGCAAGAUGAGCACCACACCCCAUAGAUGCCUUUGACUGGACUUAACCAUCCAGGCAUCCUUUACCUUACUAACCCUUCUAAUUCCAGUCUCUCUUUAGUUCUUCCCCUUUGAAAACCCAUUUCUUGCAUCACAAAGCAAAAUCUUAAGAGAUCUGUCUUUCUAAUGUAGAAUAAAUGUAGUUAUUUUCAGCUGUCUUCUAAGCACUUCUUUAAUUGGGCUGAUCAUUAGAUCUUGAAAAUAUGACCAGCAGCUCAUGUCUUCAGCUGCCAACUAUAUAAGCAAAAUGUUCUCGUUGAGAAACAAGUAUUUUGAGGUCCAUUUAAUGUGAUAAGUAUACAGUGCAGCAAUCUGAUAGGAAUCCAGAUUGCUAUCUUCACACAAUGUCCAUUGCUUAGUCUUGAUUAAACUCAUUGCCCAACACUGAAGAAAUGCCUACUUUGCAUGGUAAACCUGACAUAUUGGUGUUCCGGGGGGGGGCCUCUUACACACCUAUUUAUGUGCAAUUUCUGGUGAGGGAGAUGUUGAUUGAACUGUUGUGGGUUGGAAACAGAUGCUGGUUUGAGGUUCUAAAUUAUUUCUUUGAAGGGGUACUUUUAGGGACAUUAAACUGAGAGGAGGCAUUUCAUAGUGCUACAUGGGAGCUGUUAGGUACAAGGAAGGUUGCAGGAACUGAAUUUCUUGUCUUGUUUACUUGUCCUUGGAUUCAACUGUUUGGUUUUCAGAAAGAGUGCCUCAUUAUUUAGCUCAAGACCAGGCAUAGGCAAACUUGGUCCUCCAGAUGUUUUGGGACUACAACUCCCAUCAUCCCUAGCUAACAGGACCCGUGGUCAGGGAUGAUGGGAGUUGUAGUCUCAAAACAUCUGGAAGGCCAAGUUUGCCUAUGCCUGCUCAAGACCAUUUCCCAGCAAAAUCUUAAUCCUUCUCUUUUAAGAGUAAAUGCUACACUGUAAAAAUCCAACUCAGAUGUGUUGGCAUCUUCCUUUCACAAUGUGCUCUCUCUCUCUCUCUCUCUCUCUCUCUCUCUCUCUCUCUCUCUGUGUGUGUGUGUGUGUGUGUGUGUUAGCCCUCAGUGCUUUCCAACAUAUUUGCUACAUUGCAUGUUGUAGGAAUAAUGGCAGGAAUGUGUAUUUAUGGGUGAACAUUGGUGGUGUAAGUAAGUGAAGCCAGAAUGGUUUUGUUGGAGUAGGCUUUUCUACUCUUACACCGCUUAACUAUAUCUGCACAUAUUGCAAAUGUUUCAUUAAUGAAUUUGUCGUAUUGGCUUUCUGGUAAAAACAAUGUUUGCUUGUGGGAUAUGGGUCCUACAGAUCCUGCCUUCAACCUUUGUUAUUGCGCCAGUACUUCUGUAUGAUCAGAGUUGUAAUGCAGUGUUGCUAAUUGGGUAUGCAUUGUGUUGUUUCAGUGAUGUCCUCGCACUCCCAAUCUUUAAACAGGAAGAGCCUCAACUCUCCCCUGAGAAUGACACAAAACUCCCUCCAUUUCAGUAUGUGCUCUGUGCGGCCACAUCCCCUGCUGUGAAGCUUCAUGAGGAGACACUGACUUAUCUAAACCAAGGUAAGACUAACACAAUUAAAUAGAAAAUUGCACUCCAGAAUUUGCCAGACUAAAUACAGCAAUUCUUCAGUUCUUUUUGGCCUGACAGUUGCCAAAACAACAUGUGUGACACUCUGGUCAGUGCAUGCAGCAAGCUCAGAGAACAUUACAUGAAAGAGAAUGGAAUAGAAGUGUAGAGGUCAGGUCUUUAAACACCAGAUUAAUAUUUCUGUGAAGCUGAGAGUUGACAUAUAGCCAACAAAGUAUAUAUGGUUCUGAUGAGCAGUUCUUCUUUGUUGUCCUUUGAAAUGUGGUACUUGACUUCUGGUAACACCUUAGUGGUCUGCUCCAGUAAGAUUGAAGACCAGCUCAUUGCUGAGUGGUGAAAAUAUUGGCUUAGAAGGGCAACAGGGAGUAACCUCUUCCAAGAUCUGCUGCAGCACUCACCAUUAUUCUCCCUUUAUCUACCCUGCAAAUGAGGUGGGCACUGUCAUUACACAGAUACUUAUUUCUAGUUGGUCAGGGUUUUGCUUUGGGUGGUUUUUUUAAUGUUUGAAGGAAUAAUGAAGUUGUGUGUGUUGUGAGUUGGUUCUCUUCAUUCCUACCCGUCUCACACCAAUGGCACAGGCCUGUCAUGUGUUACUGUGUUGACAUGGGAGCCACUUUCCCAUGAUCAGCCACCUUGGCAAGUCUCUGCAGAAAGGAAUUUUAUGGGUUCAAUGAGUGAUAUGGAUCCUUCCCACACCACUUUGUGUCCCUCUGUCAUUUUGUCCAACUCUCAAUGUUUCCUCUUGACAGAUGUUACUAGAUUAGCAUUAGAUGUAACCACAAGGAAGCAGCUCGGAGGCUGCUCCAGUAAUGUAUGAAUUAGUCCUACCUAAAGCAUUUCAAUUUUCUUUUUUCAUUUUAAUAAGGUCUAUCUGAAUUGCAGAUAUUUUAGAAAAUGUAGUUGCAAAAAAUGGGAAUAAUGUGGUGAAUAGGUAUACCUAAGUUGUGAGCCAGUGUUGCUCUGGGUUUUGUGCAUGCAGGAAGCUUACAGUACUUGGUAUCAAAAAAAUUCUCUUUAAAUCAUUUUUUUUUUAAGUGCAUGACCUUAGUUAUUUUAUCCUACACCUCCAGCUCUAUAUCAGCAGGAAAAGUAAUAACUUAUCUCAGAGCACACAAUGUGGUCAGAGAAUAUACAGCUUUCCAAGCUUCAUAUAAUUUCAGAAAUGGACCUGCAACAAAGCACCGGGGGGGGGGGGGGAUUGUGCCUUCUUGUAUAAUCAGUUCCUGUAUCCUUAUUGUGCAGUUUUCUCUGUAAUGUGUUUUUUUAAAAAAGUUUUGUUUUUGAACACAGUUCACUGUAUGCUUCCAAAAGUAGUUCUAAUUACUACUGAUGAAGUGAUUUAAAGUCCUGUUCUGGAAUGGGAUAUGUUCCAUGAUGAGAUGUGAUUAUGUGUAGGAGACAUGGUGAUGGGAAAGACAGACAGUGGCUACUAAGUGCUAUGGUGAUUGCUCAAGUAAAUGUUCUUCAUUAGGAAUGUUACACAAUUGGUAUCUUAAAUAAUGCAUUACUUUAAAAGAGCUGCUGCUAUGGUGUUUGUAUUUUUAAUUUUGCUAAAGGCUCCCUAUUGCAUUCUUAGUUUCUUGAUCUAGGAAGACUUUAAAUUUGAGAACCCAUAAGUUUUGUUUGGCCAGUGAUUCCAUUUCCUCACAACACAACGUAGCAAGCGUGGUUACCUUUUAGUUCUAGGUAUUUAGUUAUAGGGGGAGGAUCCUGACAUCAACCAGGGGCAUCCCGUGAUCAACUGGUAGAUCGCGAUUGAUCUGGACUAAACUAUAUAAACUGGACAGCCCUGGACUAAACUAUAAAAAUAAUGGAUCUAGAGCAGCAUAAGAUACCAAAAACCCUCCAUCCCUUUCUUACAUCUGUGGAAACAGAGCUUACCUAUGAUGGUGACUUUUGGGGGAUCCCUUGUAAAACUCAUGAGGAUUCAUAAAGAUCUGUGGUUGCCUUGUUUUUACCAUAGCAGUAGUGAAGACGCUGAGUCUGAGGAUUCUGUGGAGGCAGAUGUAAUUGGUGGCAACUGAAGGGAUAAAAGUCAUGCCAUUUCAAGAGGACCCAUUUAAUCAUACUGGAUCUUUUUAAAAAAACAAAAUCCAGCAAAUCCCCAUAUUAACACAGCAAUGGAAACCCAGCCCCACUGAAGCCCGUGGGCCCUAGUGUACCCUUUACAGAUAUAGCUGCAUCCCUCUGUUUUCCUCUAGAAAGGGACAAGAUGCUUCAGAUGCAAUCAGCAUACAGUAUUCUCAGCAGACAUGAAUCUGUGCAGGCUGUGCUAGAAAGAAUGCAAGACAACUUCCCUUUCCCCGCAAGUCCUUCAUGCGUAUAUCAGAUGACCUGGUAGAGGGUCUAGACAACCACAAAUAAUGAUUGGAUUCCUAAUCAUAGGGUAAUAGUUUGGAUCCUAGGAAGGAUAAACGGGUGGGUGCCAUCGUAAGUGCAAUACCUCAGCUAUGCAAGGUGUUUGAACACAAAGGAGUGAUGGAGAUGGGACUAGAAUGGUUGCUCUUUUCUAAGUGAAAAUAACUGGUUUCAAGCAUUUCAGAGAGAAAAAGCAGCAAACAGUGCAAAAUAGUGUGGGAGUAGAACAUACAGUUUGGUUCCCCUGAGCAGAAAUAGACUUCUAAAGAGCCCUUUUGAAUAGUACAAUUCACUAAUUCACCCUUCCUUACUGCAAAGAGCCAGAGAAGCAACAAAUGUUGGCCAACUUUGGCAACCAAGGAAAAAAUUAUGAUUGCUAGGAACCCUGGCCACCUCCUCAUGUCACUGCAGUGUGAGCUCCCUGCUCCCCCUUACCAGCUUGGAUCUGGAAAUGAUGUUUGUCUUGGUUUGGCCUCUGCAUAUUCAAGAUGUGCUGGUUGCCACCUGACCACAUAGCAGCUCUUGAACUACCUCCAGCUCUUGAGGUUGAGAGGAGGGGUAAGGGGCUGCUGUGCAACUAUUAGGACAAUCCCAGCCCAUCUCUGCAAGUUCUAAGAUUGAGAGGAAGGCUGAGGCUCAGCACAUUUGCCAGAGGGCAGAAGCAUGCUUGCCAUGAGCAAAAAUGUAAAAGACAGACGCUUUAAUCAGAAGGACAGAUCUUUCAAAUAUUUGAUUUGUUACCCUUCUGUCACCCCCCCGCCCAAACUGUUGGCAGGCAGGCAUCUCUUUUGUCCUAAAUGCAGUGCUGUUACAUUUAUAUGGCUUAAAUUGCAGGAGGAAAAUAGUCUUAUUAAAUACAAAGAGCCCAUAAACCACCUUCUAAAGACAGGUGGAGUUGCUGUGCAUCAUACAGCCCAGGAACAUUGUGAACCUGGCUUGUUUUUACUACCUUUCUUUUAUUGUGGAGCAGCACUGUAUACAUUAUACUCAGCUUUCUUAGAAGUAUUAUGUAAAUGCCUGUUGCUUCAGGGGUGUCCUCCUCUGAUCUUGUCCUAGUCCUAAAAGAUUUAGUAUAAAUAUUUAAAAUCAAACAAUAUAUGUUGAGAUGGGCAACACUAUAAAUGAAUGUUCAUGUUUAAUUCUGUGCUUUUCUGAAUGUACCCUGUAGUGGCUUUUGCUCAGACAGCAAUGGGGAAUCCCUCCAGCUGUUUCUGCCAUCUUUGAUAAUUAGUCAUACUGGCUGGAACUAAUGGAAUCUGGAGUCCAGCAACAUCCAGAGGGCCACAGGAUCCCAUCCUUGUGUAUAGGUAGAAGAACAUACUCCGUAGUGGCUAGUUAAAAAUGUAGUGCCUCGCCAUCUUUAUUAUGUCUAGAUCUCGUGAGAAGGGAGUUAAUUAUACUUGCUUUCUUGGACUACCAAAUAGUCAUGGGAACACAUAAAUGUUUAGUUUGCUGACUUCCAAACUUUGGCCCAGUCUGCACUGUACAUUUAAAGCAGUUUAAUGCUACAAUUUUCAGAGCUCUUUGCAUAGCUGCUCUAAGAACAAUAGCUUUGUGAGGGGAAUAGGGGUCUUAUAACAACUCUCAGCACCCUUAACAAACUCUUGCCAGCCUAGCAGUUUGAAAGCGUAUAGAUAGAGAGAUAGAUAGAUAUACAGAUAUACAGAUACAGAUACAGAUACAGAUGGCUGAAAGCAGAAUGGUGGUUGUUCUCAAUGACCCUCAGUGCAGGUUCACCCUCUGAGUAGUAAGCCACUAAUGGUAGCCUGAUUAAACUCUUUAACUUUGCGGUUAUCUCAGUGACUACAUCCUGUAGGCAUUGGCAUGCUGUAAAAUGUAAUACUCAUUUUAUCGUUUUACUAUCACUUACUCCAUUCCUGUUGUAUGUCUUUUGUAGGUACAAGGUUCUUUAUGUCAUAUUUUUUUAGCCUCUAAUAAUGUAGUGAAUAAAAGUAUUGCUUGCAAGAAUGCAGUGCCUCAAGCUGCCAAAGUAUUAAGAAUGAAACAUCGUUAACUGUCAUAUUGGCCCCAAGCCCAUACACAGAAACACUGUGUAGCUGAAUUAAAAGAGGAAUGUAACAUUUCAUUGCUGGGUUGAUUCAGUUAAUGCGCAUUGGUCACAUCAAGGGAGUCUUUUCAUAGAUAAGAGACCAGUUUAGCUUCUAGAUCUAACAUGCUUUCCCUUGAUUAUCACUUCAUCAGGUCUAUUUAACCUGUCCUUUGACACUCCUUAGUUGCAGCGGAAAGGUAAACUGAGAUUGGUAGUUGAGUCUAAAAAUACACUGGCCAGUUUUAGAGGUGACACCUUUUAAGCUACAAAUGUACAUAAGAUGUUCUUUUAACAAAGCUGUAAUGGGACUACCUUGUCUAAUGGGGAUAAAGGUAAAGGUACCCCUGACCAACAGGUCCAGUCGUGACCGACUCUGGGGUUGCGCGCUCAUCUCGCUCAAGAGGCCGGGAGCCGGCGCUUGUCCGAAGACGUGGCCAGCGUGACUAAGCUGCAGCUGGCGAGCCAACACCAGCGCAGCACACGGAAACGCUGUUUACCUUCCCGCUGGAGAGCGGUCCCUAUUUAUCUACUUGCACUUUGGGGUGCUUUCGAACUGCUAGGUUGGCAGGAGCUGGGACCGAACAACAGGCGCUCACCCCGACGCGCGGGGAUUCGAACCGCCGACCUUUCGAUCAGCAAGUCCUAGGCACUGUGGUUUAACCCACAGCGCCACCCGCGGUCCCUUCUAAUGGGGAUAGGUGACAGCAAAUUGUAUUCUGUGCCUCAGUGAGGUCUUCCUUUGUUGCCACAGUUCUUUCUGUGUUAAAAUUUCAAUUGGGUAACCGCCUAUAAUUUGUCAAAGGAUUGCCCACUGGAUGGUCAUGUCUUUUCCACUGAUUCACAAGUAUCUCAUAGGACAGGGGUUGCCAACCUUUUUGGAUCAGCAGUCACAUUUUGAACUUUGGUAAAGUGUUGUGGGCACCAAACACAAAAUGGCUGCUGUGGAGGCAUAACACAAAAUUAGAGAGUUCCAUCGUUGCUGUUUCCCUACAGUAAUUGUUUCCCCACCUCAAUCUCAAUUAAAGGAAGUUAGCUAUGUCCUGGUGGUCCUGAUUGUGGAGAUCACACAUGAUCUCUCCCUCUCCCUCUCCCUCCCUCUCUCUCUCUCUCUCUCUCUCUCUCUCACACACACACACACACACACACACACACACACACACAGUCUCACGCAUAUUGACCACAGGUCACAGACACACAUGGAUAUCUCUGUCUCUGACUCACACCCUUCUCCCUCUUACAGACCAUACAUACAUACAUACAUAAUCUCCCACUUCUCCCCCUCUGCAAACACACACAUCACAUGGCCAUCUUUCCUUCUCUCUCUUAAAUGUAUCUUUACCUCUCUCACAAACAGGCAUCUGCAGGAAUAUUCCCCGGGGGAGGGGGGGAGGGAAGGGGUAAAGUAAAACACUGAAAGGGUGGGGCAGGCUAAUUUCUCACUUUUUUAAAAAAGAAGAAUGGAAUCUGUACAUUUUGCCUCACAUCUCAGGUUCUAAAAAAUGCUAGAAACUUCUUUUAAAAAAUGAAAGCCGAGAAUCUGUGGUUUAUGGCUCAUCUCAGGGACACCAAAGAAGGCCUUUGUGGGUGCAGGGUUGGAGACCCUUGACUUAGGCUGGUACUGGUUAGAAGGAAGUUUACGCCCAACACACACACACUCACUGUUACUAAGCAUAUCCACAAAUGAAAUCCUUCUAUUCAAUAUUUUUAAAUUUAGAACAUUUUUAUCCUGCCUUUCCAUCCUGGAAUUUGAGAUGGCAUAUAUGAGUUUCCCAGGUAGUUUGCCAUUGAAACACUGAUUGCAACCAGAGCUACUUAACUUUAGAAGGUGUUAUGUGCCUUCAGACCAGGCCAUGACCAGCACUAAUAAUACUGCAGAUCCAAGAAGAUAUGUCAUGUAGUAUUUGAAAAACCAAAUGGUGCUGUUCUUCUCUUCCUCUCCCCAUGUUGGUAAAAAUAUGAUUGCCUAAUAGUAGGGCCAAUCAUGAGACUAAAUUACAGUUUCCUGCUGCUUGCAAAUUACUACAUUCCCGCCCCCGCCUCUCUUUUUUGCACAAAGUUCCAUUUUAUUCCUGAGCUGCUUGUCCAGCCACAGCUAAUGUCAUAAUUUCCAUGGUUGCAAUCCUUUGUAGAACUUUAAGGCUAUCAGAAUAAAUAUUGCCCCUGGAGUGAGUUCCAGAAAAGUAGCAUUCUUCUUUUCUCUGCAGGAGGGAGAUAUACCGGCCAUUUCAUUUUACUUUGGAGAGUCAACCCCGCCACUGGUCAAACCAGAACUUAAAACUGAUCACCAUUUUAGAUUGUCUUGUUACACAUUGAUCUGCAUUCUUGUGCAAGGUUGGGAGGUGACUGCAGGAGGAACUUGAAAAACCAGCUCCUGUGGCUCUGCUCCCUGAUUUUAUUGUAUUUAUCAUUUUGCUCUUGUUCCUGAUAUGUGUUUACUAAACAAUGAUUUUUUUGCAUUCAGAACUAAAUUAUAUCACCAAUCAGGGGUGGGUGGGUGUAAAGGACCCCUGGACGGUUUAAGUCCAGCCAAAGGUGACUGUGGGGUUGCGGCGCUCAUCUCGCUUUCAGGCUGAGGGAGCCGGCGUUUGUCCACAGACAGCUUUCCAGCUCAUGUGGCCAGCAUGACUAAACCGCUUGUGGUGCAACAGAACACCGUGACAGAAACCAGAGCGCACAGAAACGCCAUUUACCUUUCUGACGCAGCGGUACCUAUUUAUCUACAUGCACUGGCAUGCUUUCGAAGGUUGGCGGUUCGAAUCCCUGCGACGGGGUGAGCUCCCAUUGCUCUGUCCCAGCUCCUGCCAACCUAGCAGUUCCUUGUGUCCUGGCUUCUGUCAUGGUUUUCCGUUGCUUCAGAAGCAGUUUAGUAAUGCUGGCCACAUGACCCGGAAAGCUGCCUGUGGACAAAUGCUGGCUCCCUUGGCCUGAAAGCGAGAUGAGUGCCGCACCCCAUCGUCACCUUUGACUGGACUUAACUGUCCAGGUGUCCUUUACCUUUACCAUUUUUAAUAUAUAUAUAUAGAGAGAGAGAGAGGUAUGCUAAUUGUUGUUGGCUGUUUUAACAUAUAAAUAGUCUAAAAAGAGUAGCUUUGUGUUGAAAGUUGAUGACUAGACCAUUUGCCUCAUAUUGAUAAGUCUACUGAGCAGACACAGCUGUGUUUCUAAUAACAUUUAGCAAGUCCAAAGCAGAACAGAUCUGUACAUCUGGAAAUAAAGCCUCAGAUGUUCUUAUUGAAAACUUGUAUGUUAAAAGACUGUGCUUAUUGGGAGUGAUUUUAAGAAGCCAGCCUGUCAAUCUAUGAGUUGGGAUCCUAUGGGAGUUAGUAAAUAAACUUGGCUGCUGAGGGAACAGGAGGUAGACCCAAUUCCACCAUCAGUUCUGUAAAGAACAUAUAUUUCUAAGGCUUUGUGCAUCCAUUGUAUUAGGCCAAUUAUUUAGGAUGCUGCCUUGGUUCUUGGUGGGCAUCAUUUGUUCUGAGCAAUCAGCAGUUAAUUUCCUGGUUGCUAAGGAUGCUGACAGUGCAGUUGACAAUGUAUUGUGUUAUGAGUUGUGGGAGCCACAGUUUGUGUGGGGCAGAUUCCCCUAAAUUUCUGAGUCUAAUAAGUGUUAGAAUUUACUCAGUGCUUGGGAGUGUUGAAAUUGGCUGCCAGACACUGGAUUCAGUAAAAUGUUAAAAUGCAGGCCAGGCCAGCUUCCCAUGUUCAGGAAAUCACUUGGGAGAUCAGCCCUUAACCAACAACGAAGGGAAGGCAAUGGGCCUUUUGGAAGGCUAGAGAGAGGGGACUCUGUCAGAUGGCCCUUGGGAGUGGCCCCUCCUCUAGCUCUGUUAGUUAGCAGGACCAAGGCCAGAGUUUGAAGGAGAGCAUUUUUUUAGGGUUGCAGUCUGUUAAACGCAGCAAGCUGGAAGCUGAGAAAGAGGGCCAUGGCUGGCAUCUGUUUGAAUCCAAAGCUGCUGUGGCUAUAGCAGAAGCAAAACCCUUUUGGGGUGUUAAUGCUGUGAAUGCUUUCAUCGUAGGCUCAGGUUAUCUAUAUGUAUAAAUAAACCAUAUAUCCUAAAAUCACCAGAGUCUGCCUCAUUUCCAAAGGAAACACGAACCCUGGGUAAGCGCCUGAAACCCCUGGAAUCUCUCACUACUCAGAUUGGGGCACCAUGUAACUGUGUGUUUACUCAGAAGUCCCUCUGCGUUCAUAGAUGCUAUGUUAGUUUGUUUAGGAUUGUAGACUGAGAGCAGCAGCAGAAGCUGCCUGUCUAUACAGCUGUUCACAAACAACCAGAGGGAAAGAUCCAGAGCUUAGAUAUUCAGUCAAGACUGUGACAGCACUCUUUUCCACAGUGCAUCCCGAUGCUAAAAGGAGAUGCCAGCCAACAAACACAAAACCAGUUAUGGAACACUUCAUGUGGGCUUGUAAACCACCAGUGGUCUGUGGUUCAGAACCUACUGCUUGAAGAUGCCUUUCUGCCAGAAGCAGACAUGCUAAUUAGACCAUAAAUAUGCUUUAGGUCCCCCAUACAUGACAAGUUUAUAGAAAGUGCCAAGGAAUUUGAAGACGCUGUGUUCUUUAAAUUUCCAAAUGGAUAAUCUGGCCAAGGGCUCAGUCUUCCUCUCUUAAGAGGUUACAAUAAUGCCUGACCAUUUCCUGAGAGAAACUUGCUAUAUUGCAAAAAGAAAAAAGAAAUCACCCUUCCCAACCAAGCAUGAUUGAUGCCAGUGCAACUGUCUAUUUCUCUUCUUGCUGCAACAUGCUUAACCUGCAACAUGCUUAAACACCUUGGAAAUGUUUCCUUGAACUCCUAGGUCAGUCUUAUGAAAUCCGUCUACUUGAGAAUAGGAAAUUGGGAGAGUUUCAAGAUUUAAACACAAAAUAUGUAAAGGUAAGGAGAUUUUCUUCCUGCUGCUACAUACAGGCACACUCUAAUAAGAUGGUCAUACCAUUGGAAGAGAAUUGACUGACUAGGGAGAGGGCAGGACUUAAGGGUGGAGUGGGGUGGGCUUUCUGAUCUGAAUUCCUUUCGAUUCAAGCAGGACUUGGCAGUUUGGUUUCUAGAGCCCAGUAUAUACCAGUGGAUUUCUGUUUUUCCUGUCUUCUUUGAAUAAUUUUUACAUCUGUUAUUCAUAAAAGACCAAAUAGUACAUUUACCUCACCAAUCCCCAACGUGUUUUUAAGAGUUCUGGGGUCUAUUCUAGGGUGUUAUUUUAUUUUUUUAGUAUACAGCAUUUUUCUGGCCUGGCCUUUUAGGCCUCAGUGCUGACUUCAGGGUCCAACAUUCCUCAGAGCUUCACAUUGCAGAGAAACAUUGGCAACAAUGGACAAAUUGUAUCUUGGGGGAUCAUGUCUAUUAUCAUGGUGUGGUUUUUUUUGUUGGCAAAAUGCCCCAAUAAGUAUUUAAGGGCACAUGGCAUUCCUGAGUACAUAGCUUGGAAACCACUGAUAUAGACCUCUUCCCCCAACCUCCCAUUCACAUGUCUUGGAUACAGAAUAGACCCUUAAUGUUUGCUCACAUGCUACAUGUUGUACUCCCACAGUUACAUAUCUUGCUUUUCUUUAAUUCUUAUUCCAGCCAUGGAAAGGAGGGAAAUUGUUGUUGGGAAGCAUAACAAGAAGGAAGGUUUAUCCUUUCUGUCCUUAGAUGCAACUCACCAAAUAUCCUCCCCAAAAGCUACAAGGCUUAGUAAAGAGAGAGAGAGAGAGAGAGAGAGAGAGAGAGAGAGAGAGAGAAAGGGCCCAUUGACACCCUGGAAGAUUGGGGGUAGUCACACCUGCAUGUUGCAAUCCCAAUAAAAAUUCUCCCUCUCCACAGAUAAAGUAAAGCAAGAGAUGUAACUGUACGCUCUCUACAUAUAGUUUGACCCUUAUUUGGGAGAUGUAUUAUCUUGUGUUUGAUUUAAAGAGAAAUGGAAAAGGUAUUUAAUAACUUUCUGCAUGUAAAUACAUGACUUGUCAAGGGUGUUUAGCUAUCUGUCCUUUCACCACUGCUGCUGCCACCACUCAUGAUCCUUAUCUACAAGGUGUGGCCUUUGACAGCAGCAUCCAGUGCUUACUCCUUUCCUGCUUGUAUGUGGCAAUAGAUGUAGUGAGUAGGGGGGUCAAUACAGCACAGCCUUAAACCAGUCUUUUUAUGAAGAGUUUACUAACUUGACAUUUCUCCUUGACUUAAAAACCCAGUCUUUGGGCUCAAGAAUAUAGCAUGUGAACAAGCAUUUAGCAAAACAUUGUAGAGUCCCACCUUGCGCAAAGUAAGCUGCAAUAAGCGUCACAGAUCCCACUGUAGAAUCCACAUAAGGAAUCUCUUAUCCUGGUCCACCUUUCAUGUCAUAGGCACAGCUCACAAAAUGCAACUGGAUCCCGAGAUACGUGGGAGGAGGGAAGAUCAUCAAUGCAAAUAGGUCAUUGGAUGAAUAGUUUUGAGUCUCACACCCAUUCUUUCAUGGGUUCUUCAUUUGGAUACAGAUGUUCUAGUGUCUAAUUCCCCCCCCCCUUCAACAAAUGUUCUCAUGAAAUGGCUUUGCUUUAAAGAAAGGGGCCAUUUGCAAAAUCUGAUAUUCGUACUGCAUAUUGCAAAAGCAGGUUGUUUUGUUGUUGGUUUUUUGUUUAGAUUCGGGUUCCCACCCCUCAACAUCCAGCAUACGCAUCUGUAAUUUUAUUACAUUUCUUUGAAAUAAUCUAAUCCUUUUGUUUUUAGGUUUUCAAGUUGUAUGUUCAAAAUAUUUCAAAUCUCCUUCCUGGAUAGUGUCACCAAAACAAGACUUCUGUAAAUGGGAAGUGAGGUCUAGCCAAAUGGCAUUGGUACCCCACAGAGUAAAUGCUCUAUGCCUUCAGCCAUAUUUACAGCUUGAUCCUGGUGACUGGCCACUGGUGUAUUUUCAACAGAAGGAUAAAAACAUUCCCCAGGUGUCAAUUACAGCAUGAAAUUAAUUUGGCCAAGCUGGCUGAUAUAGUAGCAGCAAAGUUGUUAUCUAUAGGAUUGUUUUUAGACACAAAAAUCUCUCAGUUUCUCAUUAUUCUUCCUAGUCUAUUUGGUGUAUAUGGUGAUGGGUGACCUUUGUAGAGAGCUACAUCACCUUGCUUGUCUGCAUUAAAAAAGUGGAGCUUGUCUGCAUUAAAAAAAGAUGUACCUGAAUCACUUCAUUAACUUCAACCCUCCUCUUCUCUCUCAACAGAGCAUCAUUCGUGUGGUUUUCCAUGAUCGCCGUCUGCAGUACACGGAGCACCAGCAGCUCGAAGGCUGGAGGUGGAGUCGGCCAGGAGAUCGCAUCCUUGACAUAGGUGAGAACUUUUCAUUAUGUUGUCCUUUGAGGUGAAGUUAUUUACAAGAUUUUUCUUCAAGGCACUUUCACGUGGUAAAACUGCAAGCUUUAAAUCAAGUCAUGCUCCUCCUCAUGGAAUCAGAGCAUCCUAUAUUUUUUUACAGUAUCUUUUCUACUGCCCCCAGCAUGUAGGUAUGUAUUGCAUUGUUUGCAUUGUAAAUAUAUUUAUACCCCACUUUUUUUGUUGAAAACUAAUUUACACUUAAAACCAAAACAGAACACUGCACAAUCAAUAAAAUUACAACAACAUAAAACACUGUGGUUAAAAAGCCAUCUUAAAUGACAUCAUGCCUAAGCAUCCAUUUUGGUUCUUAAUAUGAGAAUACUAUUUAGAAAUGACAUUACAAUUGCAGUCACAGCAAGAUGGGGGGGGGGGGAUUGAUUCUUAUGCAAAAUGGAGUUUGUUAUGUUUCUUUCUGACUUUUCGAAUGCAUCUGGUGAUUAUAUUGCAAUGUUGUUUCUGCUCUUCAAUUUUAAUUUUUUUAAAAUUUUAGGGGUUUUCUUCUACAGAUAUCCCACUGUCAGUCGGCAUCCUAGAUCCCAGAGCCAGCCCCACACAGCUGAAUACAGUAGAAUUUUUGUGGGAUCCCUCUAAGAGAGCAUCAGCAUUCAUUCAGGUAAGGAAAUAACAUUCUAUUUUUUAUUCCUUUUAUAAAACAACAACAACCACAUUCUCCUUUUAAAAUCUUCUGGGACACAUAUUUCAUUGAGUGUAUAUAUAGAGAAUUUCAAACCAUAAUGGAUGGAAGAUUUCCACUCUGGCUUUGGUUUCUUGUUCUCAUAUAAUGCAGACAAUAAUUUUUUUUACUGACAGCUACAUAGAUUCAAAUAAAACAAUUUCACAUAACUGAAUUUUCUUUUAAGCCUACAGUGAUAGUAGAUUUUGAAGAGAUAAUAGGAAUACAAGUAGAAAGAAUAAUACAAAUAUACCAUAACGAAACAUAUCCAAUAUCUUAAGGGGAGAAAGAUCAAACCUUUUAAAGUAAUAAGUGAAAACAAAACCUUUCCACCUCAGCUGGCUAGGCCAAAGCAAACUAGCAAUAUUUUGAUGGUUGUUCAAGCAGGGUGUAGAAAUCCUUUUACUUAACUUCAUUGCCCAGUAGCAGUUCUGGAUAUUACUUAUUAGGAAUGUGUUCAGUCCAAUAAGCCAUCACUUUUCAUCUGGCUGGCAAUGUUGCUUGUAAUGGUGAAAAGUAGUUGUCCAGACUAUUAUCAUCAAUCUGCAUGCAGCCGGUGCAAAAACCAUUUUUGAAAAUAAGCACCAUCAACUGAAAAAAGAAGUAAAUAAAAUCAGCUGGCACUGCCAAAUUACUAAUAUAUUUUGCAAAAACUGUAAGAUUGUUGGAGUAAGAACAUUGGUACAAAUGUAAUCCUCAACAUUGCUUUUUCUUUUCUUUUCUUUUUUAAGAAAGUUGUUAAGGGGAAAUUUGUGUUUGAUAGAAAGGAGCUGGUGAGAGUGAGCAUGCACUGUGGCCUUUGCUGAUCUCUUGAUUAUGGCAGCCUAUGCAUUAUACCUUUGAAACGCCUUCUUUCUGUCAAAGAAUUCUGGGGCCCUAAGUUACCCCUCACCGACCCACCAUUUCCAGCCCCCUUUAAUAAACUACAGUGUCCAGAAUUCUUUGCAGGUAGGAGGAGAGAAUCUGCUUCAAAUGUGGCUUAAAGGUAUGGUGUGUCCACAGAUAAUGGACAGGCUAGAAGUCUGCACUGGUCCUACUUGGGGCUUGUCAGCUCUUCUUUAUAAUAAAACCAAAUGCUCUGUUCUGGGAACUUGAAGCCAAACCAUUCCUUUUUCACUAGGUGCAUUGUAUUAGUACAGAAUUUACUCCGAGGAAACAUGGGGGAGAGAAAGGCGUACCCUUCCGGAUACAAAUGGACACCUUCAAACAGAAUGAGAAUGGCGAAUACACAGACCACUUGCAUUCUGCAAGCUGCCAGAUCAAAGUCUUUAAGGUACAAGGGUUGUGGGAUUUUCAGAACAGUUUUCACUUGGUUAUGAAAUUCACUUGGUGACCAUGAGCAAAUCGCUCUUCAGCCUUGCAGUCUUGUUAUGAGGCUAAAACACUCAGUUUUCUAAAGGGAGCACAAUACAAUACAGUACAGAUAAAUAAUACAAAGACUAGGCUGUUGGUCGUAAUGAUCAAAUACUACUCAAUGUGAAUAGGAUGUGUUCAUUCAUUAAAUAACACAAAUCUCAGUGUCACUUUUGUUUGGAUAUCAAGGGAAAUAGCUGCACUAUCUGUUGGCUUAAAACUAUUUAUUCUGUGUGCUUUAUAGCCUAAAGGAGCGGAUAGGAAACAGAAAACAGACAGAGAAAAAAUGGAGAAGAAAACUACUCAAGAAAGGGAGAAAUAUCAGCCAUCCUAUGAUACAACCAUUCUGACAGAGGUAUGGUAGGUCUGUUGCUGCAAUGCCAAAUGGUACUCAGGUGUGAGACAGUGCUUCCCUCUCAAAGUUUAGAAGUUUGCAGUGUAAGGAGCAGUAUUUAUCUUUUCAGAAAAAUAAAUAAAUAUGUGAUUGAUUGUUUCAAAAUUAGAAACACUCAACCAGUGUUACUCAACCUUGCCUGUGUAUGUUUCUAGUACAACCUUAAACAUCUAAUGAGCCUUCCCUUAUGUCAUAGUCCAACAAAAGAUCUGAAAGUAGGUUUGUUGCUUUCAGGUCUCGUAUUUUCAAAUCUUGACACAACAGGCUAGCAGUGUUCAUGAGAUUACCAAAGAUGUGAGGAUCCAUAUUUGUUUAGGCUCAACUCACCAGGUUUUCAGGAGUGAACACAAGAAUCAGAACAAGUGCAGAGUGUUAAGAGACUUUCACUUCAUGGGUUGGAACCAACAUCUGUGUCUGAAAAGAGAUACAUACUUCCAGUAGUAGGGGCUCCCUUUGGUAGGAUAUUUUUGAGAGUGGACUGUUUUUAGAUUAUGUUUAGGAGGCUAGUUCAUAACCUUUGACUGAGCACACAAGCUACAACAUGGAGAUAAGACUCUGUGAGCUAGCAAGCUCAUGCAGGAUUGCAGCAAUUCCCCCAGUUCUAAGUGCUGCCAUGAUCAUGGGUGCCAGAGCAGCCCCAUGUAGCUGCUUGUGCAAUUUUUGGGGUAAGAUUUAUGUCCUGCCCUGCCCUUAAUUGUAAGUGAUCUUGGGAUGGGUCACAUUCAGAUAGAAACAUAAAAUAAAUAAAUAAAAUCUCAAUUAUGAAUCACUUAAUCUGUUUAUGAAAACAAUACAGGGUGGCUCAGUUUCUUGCUGCCCAUAUCCACAAAAACCUGGAAGAAAAAAAUGGGUAUUUUAGCUGGUGCCAGUUUCUGUGGAACUGUAUCUGUAUGGUUGCAGACUUGGGUGAGCCUGAGGCUGAUCCUGGCAGUGCUCCUGCAUGUUUUAACUGGCCAUUUAUCUAAACUGCCCUGGUGGGUGUUUUGCUUCUGUAACUUGCUGCAGGAGAUGUUUCUGCAGUAUGCUCUGUGAACUUUCAGCCUCUUGCAUUCAGCAAUGGACUUAAACUGUUGUGUGCCAUUCUGCGAGGUAGGGAAAGAUAGAUGUAUCUUUUCCCUCUCAUCUACCUACCUUACCUGUCUAAUUACUCUCAUUGAAAUAAUGCACCAUGUAGUCUGAUCACAUAAUUGAUGCUCAGAAGUACUUGGGAAGCAACCGCACACUUUGGCAUCCUGGCCAGGAGACUUUGUAGUGGCAUAAAAGUCUGAUUCUGUGCAUGGCAGCAGCCGCACACAACCAAAGCCAAGGCUGUACAAAACAGUCUAGUCUUGUGCAUGAUGUACUAACAAGCUAUGGCCAGUCAAUGUAGCAAUUUCGAACUGUAUGCUCAACAAUGACAUAAGCUUCCUCUGAGUCUCCUAGGAAGGUUAAGUACCAUUUUGCUUGCUAGACUUCAGUGCAUUUUGACAUCUUAAAAGUUCACGCCAUUGCAACACCAGAUUAAAUAGUAACUUUAGCCCACCCCUUCUUAUUUGUUUUAAAGAGGAGCAGAAACAAAUUUGCUUCUCAUUCACAAAACCCUUUUUAUUUGUAUAUGUUUUAGUCAGCUGCAAUAUAAUGUGACCCACAGUUCAUGAGACCUUUACAUAGAAAGUGACCUAUUUCUAAGGAGCUGCCAGAUUAAGGUGACCUGCUGUUGACAGGAAUGGCCUUUAGCACCUUGAAGCAGGAAAUCAUAUGGCCCUUGUUACUAAAGAGUUAAAUAUUUGCUAAUGUUUGUUUGCAUUUGCUGAGGAGAGAAAUCCUAGGGAAUGUCAUGGAUUGCCUUACUAUCAUUGUAAACAGAAGACAUAUUGUGUAGAAGGUUCCUGGGCUCUUAACAGGUUAUUUAGACAGACUUAAUUCUGAUUGUACGCCAGCAAAGAAAAAAACACUAGGGAAAACAUUUGUUUGUUUGGUUUGAUAGCUUUGUGCCAUCUUUCCUGUAAGACCCAUACUGUGUGCUGAUUCCUUUGACAUCAUUCAACAGUUUGAGCUGUCAACAGUGAAUCACGACAGAUCAUAUUUGGUGCUAUAUUUGUACAAAAUGCUAGUUCUUUCUGCUGAAGUGCAUUGGUUCCAUUCAUUUAUCACUCCACUCUCCAUGAUGUAACUUUCCCAAGUUACUAACUGUUUUGUACCACCACUUCUGGGCUAACACCAAGUACUAUGAUUAUUUGUACUUGAAUGGGUAGAACCUUUUGGAAUGCUUUCGAAUUUGUGCAAAGCUAGCAUAUCAGAAAGAAGGGUGUUAGGCUAGUCUCUUGCCACCAACCCAAAGUACCCCUGGCCUUGGUACCACCUUUCCCUGCCCCAUCCCUGUCCUGGUUGGCAUAUUGUUGCCAGGAAGAAAGCACUGGCACGCUGCCCCUCUCCUUGCUCCAAUGCAGAGCUGCUGACUUCUAGUAACCCUCUGCUAGAAAAAGAACAAAAUAGAAAAAGAAAAAAUGUUUGAAUCAAGGGUGGUUUUUUUGGGGGGGUGAUGAUGAUAGACUGUCACUAAUAAUAAUAAUAAUAAUAAUAAAUUUUAUUUAUAUCCUGCCCUCCCCAGCCGAAGCCGGGCUCAGGGCGGCUAACAACAAUAAAACAGUACAAAAGUACAGCACAAACAACACUCUAAAAUCAUUCAUUAUAAAAUUAAUAAAGAUGUACAAUUAGUUGUCACUAGUGAAGGUGCAAUAAAAAGUAGUUUUGAAAGAGAAUUGGACUUGAGUUUCUGACUCUCCUUUGAAGCAUGCUCUUAAUGUUCCUAAUUUGGUUUUGUUUAAACAGUGUUCCCCGUGGCCAGAUGUGCCUUAUCAAGUGAACAACGCUCCGUCUCCAAGUUACAACAGCUCUCCAAACAGUUUCAGCCUUGGAGAUGGGUACGUGAUAAAUAUUUUAUCUUUUCAGCUGACAUUGGAGCCCCAGUUUCAUGUUUUUGUUUCAUAAAAAGAAAAAAAACACACCCCUGUGUGUAAAAGAUAAGGAAGUUUUAACUUCCCAUUUAGUGUUAUGUUGGAGCCUGCAAUUCAACCCAAACUUAAAUAUUAUUUGCCGAGAUUGCGAGACAUACUGCUGUGCUCUUUUACUGCUCCCACUCGCUUGAAAGGUACUUGCAUAUUUAAAUUAUUUAAAGCAUUUUCAUGCCACUCUUCAGCCAAAGCAGGUUCCCAGCAUGACUCAUGUCAAUAAAUGUCAAUGAUGAGACAGUUCUUGCCCUCAGGUUUGCAACCUAAGAGGCACAAAACAAAAGGAAAAGGGGAUUGGGAGGGAGGAGAGAAAAAACAAGCUCAGGCCUUAGUUUUAAUUACAGAGUUGUUGCAAUAACCAGCUACAAUGGAAAGAUCUUGAAAUGAGCAAUGUCCUGUCCCAUCUCUCCCACUCCUAUGGAUGGAAUAGAAGAGAUUCCUUUUUAAACUUAUACCUACUGUUGGCAGGUGUAGGGGAGGUGGGUUUCUUAAAAAAUAAAUAGAAUAAAUAAAUAUUUAUAUCCUGUUAUUUUUCCAAGACGUUCAAGGUGGCAUACAUGGUUCUCUGCUUCUCCUUCCCCAUUUUAUCCUUUCGUUAAUCCUGGGAGAUAGGUUAGGUUGAAAAAUUGUGACUGGCUCAAGGACUCCCAAUGUACUCAGUAAUUGGAUGAAGGUUUGAACUUGCAUCUCCCCGAUCUUAGUUUGACCAUUGCACCUCUCUGGUCUCCUUAAUCCUAAAUUAGCCAAGAAUAAAGAAUUCUUUAAGUCUUCAAAUAAAACUCCCCUCCCCUCCUAAUUUCCUUGAACAUAUUGGAUAUCCUUGCUAUAGCAGCUACUUUCCAAAUCUGUAGAAUCCAAGGGAUUUGUGUUGCAUCACUUUUUUUUUAAAGGGGGGGGCAGUCUUUCCAAGUAGAACAUAAUAGCCUCCUUUUAAAAAACAAAGCAAAACCGAAACACAUUUCGACUUCUCUUAGUGGAAACAACAAACAGGAGAUCUCUGCAUGGGCUGUUAUUUUGAACACCUGAUUAGGCAACUUGUACUUGGAACGUGUUUCAUUCAUAUACAGUGGUACCUCUGGUUACAAACUCAAUUCAUUCCGGAGGUCCGUUCUUAACCUGAAACCAUUCUUAACCUGAGGUACCACUUUAGCUAAUGGGGCCUCCCGCUGUCGCUGCACAGCCACCAUGCAAUUUCUGUUCGCAUCAUGAGGUAAAAUUCUUAACCCGAGGUACUACUUCCGGGUUAGCAGAGUCUGUAACCCAAAGUGUUUGUAACCCAAGGUACCACUGUAGUCCACCUGGGAAUUCAUAUUCGUAGUUCUUGUCUUGUAUAGCCCUAUGAAAUUUUUAGGUGAGGUGAAACCAAUAACCUUAGAGAACUAGGCUUGAACUUUUGACAAUCUAACUAAAUUGGAUGGAAGAUUGAGGAGUGGUGGGAGAGAGGGAGAGAAGUGGGGGUGGGGGGGACAACAACCAGCACUGUUGAGGAGAGACGUUAAAAAAAAUCCUUUUUUCUUUCCCAAUUCUGUACAAUUUUUAGCAACAGUUCUCCAACUCACCAGGCGGAGCUCCUGCCUCCCAGCAAUGACGUAAGUAUUUGAGAUCAUGUUAAUGUGGUGCUUUUCUUUUUUUAGGACACUGGUGAACAGUUCAUUUCAAGACCCUCUUAUUCUUUUUGCAAUGUAGCAUCUCCUUCCCUCUGCUUCUAUUCAAGAUGCUCAGCAGUGGCUUCAGCGAAAUAGGUUUAGUCCAUUCUGUAGACUCUUUUCAAGUUUCUCAGGUAUGUGUGUUAAUAUGGCCCGUGUGCCUUUAUCCUUCCUAAUGUUCCUUCAAGGGGGUAACUCUAUUCUUUAAGUAAUAUGGACCAUUGGCCUUUCUGUAUGGAUAGUCCUAAUGGGAAAUAAAUGCACGCUGAUUUCACACUGCACCAUUCCUGAAGAUUAUGCUCUUUUGGUGGGAAUUCUGCAUAUUCCCAACACUCAGAAGCAACAUUCUGUAUCUGGGGCAGGAGAGACGUGAUGCGUCUCUCCUUCCCCUGCUCCCCACAGUAAAUAGUACAUCCAUUUUUUCAUGCACAGCAUCAUUUGUAAAACACAAAUUCUGGUCGGCUUUCCUUGGUUUCUUCAGUUUAGGGUUUAAAAGUGCAGAAGUGACCUUCACAUACCCUCACCCUUGCCUGAGGACCAUGUACUUGGACAGCCAUUUUAGAUGGUCCAGGAGAUGUCAGUUAUACAAUGUGAAAGAUUCCUUGCUUCUGUGUUUAGUUACACUAUGAGCUCAAUUUGCACAUGCUGCUGGAAGCAGGUUUUUGUGUCUGAGACCAGAAGUAACAUGAUUUUGCCCAUGGCAAUGACUACUUCCUUCUGGAUCUCUCCUCUCCCCACACAUGCAAUAGAUUUGCACAAAAAUAUCUUUGUCAAGUGACUGCUUGCAGUAUUGGCUUUUUCUAAUCAGAACUUGUAUUCCUCCAGCACCUGUCUUAACAAGCCUGUGAAAUUUGAUUCUGUAUAGAAGCUUGUUAUUGGGGGGAAAUGACUUUUGCUUGAAAUGUUCAGGUGCCGACUUAUUGAAGAUGUCCAAAGAUGACCUUAUUCAGAUUUGUGGCCCAGCUGAUGGCAUUCGACUUUAUAACGCCAUUAAAGGAAGGUUUGUCACAUUUUCUGUUACAGCACAAGUUACUGCGUUUUCGAAUUUGUGGGUUUUUUUGUGUGCAGUGGGGAGAUCCUUAAAAGCAUAUGUGUCCCUGUAAACAUACAUAGUAAGUAAUAAAAAUUGACUGCAUCUUGGGAUGGUACACUGAUCAGCUGAGAGAGAGUGAGGGGUCACUCAGUAAGCUUUGUGGCUGAACAAAGAUUUGAACUCGAGUCUUCCCAGUCAGUCUUGACACUCUAGCCCAGGUGAAGGCAGGCUUCAGGCUUGUGGGGUCCACUUGGUAUUUUACUAAACCUCAGGAUCUCCCAGCUAGAAUCUGAUCCAGAAGACAUACACUUAACAUUUCUGAGCUCAGGAAUUUGUUCUGAAUACCAGAAAUGAACUGAGUUCACUAUCAUUCCAUAGCCGCCUCCACCCCAAGAAUACUUUUGAAUAUUCCCAGCUUUUUUCAUUCCAGCAAUAUCAUUUGGUGAUGGUAGCAGACUGUUCUAUUGCUGAGCAAUUGGGAGAAAGGAAUCCAUGCUGAUUUACCAGUAGAUUCCAGUCUACCUUCUGCACACCCCUGUUCUAGGCUUUGCAUCACAAUUGGGUCUCUACACAGUUAUCCAAUUUCAUGUGCAGAGCAGCACCUUGCCCAGCUGGAAGUGUUGUGUCCUCUUACAUUGCCAAUACUGAAAAGAAUAUUGUUUUGCCUGUAGGAACGUAAGGCCCAAGAUGACCAUUUAUGUAUGUCAGGAACCUGAGCAAAACCGGUCUCACCUUCAUCAAAAACGAGAGAAUGGAGAUGCUAAUCUGUGUAGUAAGUGUCUUGCUCAUUUUGGCAAAGCUUGCCAGCCUUUCGUAAUAAACUCUACAUCCUUUGAAAAACUGGCUGCCCGAUAAAAUCUAUCUCAUGGGUAGGCAAACUAAGGCCCGGGGGCCGGAUCUGGCCCAAUCGCCUUCUAAAUCCGGCCCGCGGACGCUCCAGGCAUCAGCAUGUUUUUACAUGAGUAGAAUGUGUGAUUUUAUUUAAAAUGCAUCUCUGGGUUAUUUGUGGGGCAUAGGAAUUCGUUCAUUUCCCCCCCCCUCAAAAUACAGUCCAGCCCCCCCCCCAAGGUCUGCGGGACAGUGGACUGGUCACCUGCUGAAAAGUUUGUUGACCCCUGAUCUAUGUAAUUGCUAUUAGUAUGAUCAAUUUCAAAAGUUCCUCUUUUCCAGAAUGAACCCAAAGUUAAAUAACCUCGCCACACACCACAAAUAGCUAAUACGUAGGUAUGAACAGACACAGGGUUGCAUUUAAUGGGAGGAAUUCAACACCACACUCUCCUGAUCAUUCCACCAGUGCAAACAUUUUGUAUUUCCAGAUGGAAUAACCUCCCCCCUUGCCCUGUGCACUGUUCUGGGGGUUAGCCUGACAGCCCCUCAAGCUAAUUUUAGUGUGUGAGAGAGUGGCUGUCUUCUCUUCUUAGGGUCACCAGAUUAUAUAUAAAAAAAUCAGGAGUAAUUUUGGCAGAUGCAUCUUAAAAUACAGGAUUCUACCCACUGAAAUCCUGUCAGCUACAGAAUGGUUAAAAGUCACGCUGGUUGCCUCUCUGUGAAAACACUCUCUCUCUCUUUUUAUAAUCUGUGAUUGUCUUCCAAACAGGGAAACAGUGAUGGUGGCCGUUAUGAGUGGUUUCCAGCAAAUAUUGAAGCAGAAAAUUUUCCUAUGCAAAUCAGGGUAAUUUGCAUCAGGAAAUUUCUUGCUGCCCCAGGGAGUGGUCUAGUUUAGCAAAUUUGUUUAUUUUUUUGGCCCAAUACACCUUAAAUAUUUUACUUCAAGUAUUUAGAGGGGAGGAUUUUAAAGCGCACUUUUAAUAUGCUUUAAAUGUUACAGUACAUAGAUUUUUUUUAUUGGAGUACUUGUAAAAAUUUACAAGACAAUCAACAGUGUCUGAAUUUAAGAAAAAGCAGAAUGACAUUCUUGCUAAGGAUAAUCGCCUUAAAAACCUUAAUUAAAACUUUGAAACUGCCAAGUUUGCCUAAUAUUAUUAUAUCACAACUGGCAUUCAUGAACUUAUGAAGUGGUAAUUUUUCCACCCCACAACACUGGACGGUGGUGGUGUCACUACUAUUAAUGGCACUCACCUUGAGGUUAGAAUAUGUUCUGUUUGUGGAGCCUGACCCACCAGUUGAAAAUGAAUGAUUUGUUGGGUCAGGAUGUUAGUUUAAACCAGCCCCCUCCCCAAAACACUAAACCUGUCUGGCAAGGAUAGAAGACUGCUACGCAUGUUCUGAAUGUUUUAAUGAUUAUCAUUUCUAAAAGCAACACUUAGGCUUUUGGUUACAUUCCUGGGGCUAAUCUAGCUGAGCACAUGUUUGCUAAAAAGAAAAAUAGAAAAAGUGCACAUCUUUAAUCACAUGCAUGUUUUGAAUUUUUCAUAUCUGAACUGCAAAAUUAAAAAUGCAUAGAUGUGCAAAAGUAAUGACUCGGUGGCGACUUCUUUCUGUCAUCAUUGUGAACUUAAAAGGUUGCUUCUAAAUGCUUUUCUUCUCUUAAGUCUUAAUAUUCUAGUGUGUGCUAAGACAAAAGCAAAUGAGGGCUGUUUUGCAAAAGUUAAAUAUUUUUCCUUAAAUAUAUGCAAAUCCAUUGGUGCACGUCUAAAUAUUUCUCUUUCUCCAAUACUGUUGCAGUAUACCAUGCUAUCUUCUUAGAAGAGCUGACAACAGUGGAAUUGAUGGAGAAGAUUGCAAACUUGUACAGUAUUUCCCCACAGCAGAUAAACCGAAUCUAUCGGCAAGGACCUACAGGGAUCCAUGUAUUGGUGAGCAAUGAGGUAAGAGUUUUAACUGGAAUGCAUCCCAUCUGGUUCUAGCUAUUGAUGUGUUUAAGACCUGUUCUCUGAACUUAGUGUGACUGACCUUCAUAAUGCUGUGGAUUGUGUGUUUUGCUCUGGAGGCUCUGAGUUCUAAAAUGCUAGAACAUGUCAUAUACAGCGUUAGCAGUGAAGAUCACAAUAUGAAGAACCUGAUUAUAAAGCUCAUUUUGCUCUUCUGUUUAUACAAUACUUUAUGGUAAGGAUGGAUAUGAAGGGAAGUAGUCAUCUUAUCAAGCAUUGUUGACAAAGCUGGUAAUGAAAUGAUGGGAAAGGCAUAUUCAUUGCUUUUCCCUGGACUCUCUUCCACUUCAUUUCAGCUCAUAUAGUGCACAGCCUUGGCCUCAAUGUUUGAAAUUGACUCUUAGAGGUUGUGCUUGUCUCAAGUGAAUAGGCACAAUUUCAAGUUGCCAAUAGGUAAGAUUUCAGCACCACGAACAGUUCCUUCUGCCUUUACAGAUUCUAUAACAUUUUGCUUCUGCUAAUCUCCAUCUUCAGGUUUGUUCCCUUGCCUAAAAACCACAGAUACUGAAAGGCAAUUCGAAAUAUAGAAGUAUCUGGGGAACAUAAAAAAUUACAUUUUAAGCAUGCAGUACAACCACAUUCCCGAUAAAAUGAUGGUACUGAAACAUGCAAUCACUUUCACCCCUAGAAAGUAGAAAGAAUUACAGAGAACCCAAUAUUUCCCCUUUCACAUUGACAUUGCUUUGUCAGUGAGUUAGUUUAAUGGUUGCGUUCAAAAGUGGGUGAGCUUCAACAAGCUUGAGCAAAGUAUCUGGUUUGUGUGCUAACCCCCUUAUGCAUGGCCAGGUGAAGGACUUCUUCCAAAUUUAGUUUCAUUUUUAAAGAAUCUCUGCUAUGAAGCUGGCUUAUUAAGCUUGCUAUAAUCUCAUUCAAAAAAUCUGCAGCAUUGCUUAACUUUGACUUAGUGGGGUGGGGGAGAAGGGCACAUGGAAUCUUGGAUAACAAAAUGUUAAAGCUGAAAUAUAUGUACAGCAUGGAAAAUACUAUGCAAAAACAAUAAAACCUUUUGAGCCCUCAUCCAAGUUUCUUGCAAGCAACAAGAUGUCAUGCAAAUGGGAGCAAGAAUCCCACUUACUUGCUUCCAACCAUUCCCACGAAUUUCUCAUUCUGUUCUAUGCUGCAUAUUUUCCAUGGCAAAUAUUCCCAGCCUUUUCUAAUUAAGCUGUGGGCUGCAUGCUGUAGAAUCACUUAAGAAGCUUCGUUGCAUAUGACCCCUGGAGAACACAGUUAAAGCAGAGAGCAAGGCUUCCAGUGCAACUGUGGAUGAAGCCUGCAAUUUUUAUUCUGAAAGUCUCCCUACCGUUUCACUCUGAUGAAUCUGAAACCUUCAGUGUUUGAAUAGUCAUGAAGUGUUUUAAGGCAGCCUCUGGGAAGAAGAAUUGCCUCAACCAGCUAGGGUGCAAGGAGACCCUUCAUUACAUGCUUGAGUUACUGAUUAACAACAACAAUUGCCUUAUUUUUGUGUUCUGGUGGCAGGGCAGCAAGAGUGAUGCAAACAGCAGUCACCAAUUGGAUGUUCUUCAUGCAUCAUUAGAUAUGGUGUAUGGGUGCAGCACUGGACUUAAUUUUGGUGGAUAUUUUUCUGUGUGAAGGUGACUGGAGAGUAAGAGCACUGUUGUGUAGAGGAAAGCAGAGCCUAUGAAGACGGAAGUCAAUGACUAUCACCUAUGAUAACACCUAGCACAGCUUAAGUCACACAUACAGAAGACCCAUUGAAAUCAAUGGGCAUGACUAAUGGAGUUGGUUAGGUGAAUCUUGACCUCCAUUUUUUGGGGUGGUGUGCUUUAUAGCUCAUCACAUCUCUACCAUUUGAUUAUCUCCAUUUUUGCAUGUGUGCUGCUGCAAAAAUUCCUCUAGGAAGCACCUCAUGGUUGCACAUCCUUUUUGAAUAGCCCUACUGGCCUCUGUACACUGACAGUUCCUUUGUUUUCAGACUAAUAGCACCCUGUUGAUUAGGAAAUGUAUAUUUCCUUUCUGAAGAAAAUAUGUGUGUGUGUCAAUAAAUUCCAGAUUUCUUCCAUUUGUCUUUUUUAUCCAGAUGGUACAAAACUUUCAAGAUGAAUCUUGUUUUGUCAUCACGACGUUAAAAGGUACCAUAUUUUUUGCACCAUAGGGCGCACCUAGUUCUUAGACGGGGAAAUCAAUAAAAAAAAUCCCCCCCCCCCGUGCCCCAAAGAGCAGCGUACAGGCUGCGCACAACCUCUCCCUGCCGGAGAGGAUCCCGCUCGCUGCUUUGGCUUCCUCUUUAGCCCCACGCAAUCUCUCCCUACCGGGAGAGGCUGCAUGCAGCUAAAGAAGACAUAGCCCUGUGCAGCCUCUCCCUGCCGGAGGGGUUGCGCACAGCUAUGGAACAAGCCAAGGCAGCCAGCGGGAUGGAUCGCGCUGGCUGCUUUGGCUUCCUCUUUAGCCCCACGCAACCUCUCCCUCCCGGGAGAAGCUGCGCGGGGCUAAAGAAACCAUAGCCCCGUGCAGCCUCUCCCUGCCGGAGGGGUUGCGCGUGGCUAUGGAACAAGCCUGCAUUCACUCCAUAGGACGCACACACAUUUCCCCUCAAUUUUUGGAGGGGAAAAACUGCGUCCAAUAGAGCGAAAAAUACGGUAUAUACACAUAUUUCCUGCCACAAUAGUAGGAUUUGCCUUCACCAAAAUAAGGGUGUUGGAAGUCACUUAAGGGGAUCCAAAAAUUCUCAGACGUAAAAUGACAAAUGCACAAACAGCCAAACAGGAUAGUCAGAUACUAUGAAAACAGAAAAAGGGGUGGUGUCACCCUUUCCUUCAGGGGCCUCACACUUGAGACGUGAAAGUUCCCAAAAGCAAAGAAGCGAAGUAUGCACUGUUCUGCCAGUGCAUUUAUACCACACCAACCCCCCUGCUGCCUUGUCUCUCUCACUCCCCCUCCUGGUAAGGUACACCUACCUACCUGCCAGGAAGUUAGCAUAGUGGCUCUAUCUAUUUAGUUGUUCAACAUUUGCUAAUUCUUUUCCAUAUAUGAAGCUCCUCAUGUAAACUAUCAUUUCCAUGCAUUGGGGUGUCCUUUGCUUCUGCCCAUAUAUUUAUAUAUUUCUCUUAGCUAGUGUUCUGUCACCUUUCCUUCCACACUAUACCAAACUUAUUUUCUUUUGUAAUGUGACUAAAACUACUUGGAUUUUCUAACAAUCCACAUCCCAUAAUGUAGUACUAAGAUUACAGUACAUAAAUUAUUUCUUGAAAUGGAUGUCCACAGCCUCUUGGUUUGUCACACAAUUUGCAUCUGUAGAAAGUGCAGACUAGUAGGAUCUUCAGUCAGGUAUGUGUAUGUGUGUGUGUAUUUCAAAGUUUGAAGUUAAAGCACUGAUUAAAGGUUUCUCCCCUCUUUUCUCUCUCUCUCCUGCAGCUGAAAGUAAUGAUGGCUACCAUAUCAUUCUGAAAUAACCCUCUUCUAUGUAUGUUGGGACUUACAACAUUAUGAUGCCUCACUGCAACCCAGACUGAAAAGAUGGAAAACUCAUUUGUAUAAAAGUGUUCUUAUUAACUGAAUGCCCUAGCAGAAAAAUUAAAGUGUGUAAAUUUCAGAGUGUUGGGGACUAGACGUGGUCUUUGGAGUUCAUCUGAUUAUUGUUUUGAAUUGCCUUUCCUUUUUAGAACUACCUGUAUGCAUUUUUGUUCAUUGUUCAAAACCAUGUGCCUUAUUAAAACAAAAACAACUUAAUAUGAAAAGCACUUCUCUCAAACCUCCAGGGACUAGCAUUAUAAAGGCUGAUCAUCCUGGUUACAAAUAUAGCUAAAUGUAUAUAC